AGUUUACAAGUGACAUCGAUCGUUAAUGUUGCGCGUUUGUUAUUUGUGGGAAAAGUGUCUCAAGGAAGCCAUAAAGAGCAUUCUAUUUAUGAAAAAUAAAUAAAUUUCAAUGGAUUAAGAAAGCACGAUUCAGAUCACCACGCAAUCGAACUCUAUUGAAACUUAAUUCAAGUGGAAGUUGAAAAUUAAAGGAUUUAAGUCGGCUUUAGCUGCAAUUGAAACAACAAAAGCUACCACAUCACUUGAGUGAAAACAUCAACAAUUUACUUAAACAACACCUUGUGCAUUGUUUUUGGACGAUGAAG